CUAGCGCUUCAUGGGCAUGCGCACACCUGGCUCUGGCCACCGCACUACAUUUCCCGUGAGGCUUUGCCGGACCCUCUGUCACUUCCGAUCUCUGCCCCGCCCCCCAUCCAGGGACGACCAUGAUCCCCCAGGCGAAGGCGGGGCCGUGACUCGGGGUGGAGCCUGAGACUGUCCCCCUUCCCCUCGCUUCGCGCGGGCCUGGCUCAGACUGCGACGCUUCAGGGCUCCGAGACCCUCCCCUGGCCGUGGCCGUGACCUUUAUCCCUGGAGAGUGGGGGCGUCUGGGUUCCACGAAGAGACUGCGCCGGGAGGUGAAGCAGGAGACCUUCGAGAACCUGGCCUGCUCGGGUUGGGAGAUGAAUCGUGAAAGCCUCAUGUUCCCCCCAAAGCUGAACUUUUUCACAGAGGUCUCUGCCCAGGACGGACUCCCAGGAGAGAGCCCCUGUAUCUCUGGGUUGGCAGAAGCUGGGGAAUGUGGUUCCAAGGUGGGGAAGGUGCAGGAAAAGGAAGAGAAACAUCCUGAAACUGAAGGGAAAUCCCCUCUUUGUAAUGAGAGUGGAAAUCCUUCCUCGACACAGGGCGGGACCGGCGUGUGCCAGAGCAAAGAGGUGGCCCGAGCCCAGAAAGUGCACGAUGGGGAGCGGUCUAGUGAGGGCUCUGGGGGUGGGAAAGUCUUCUGUAGGCGCCUUACCCAGCAGCCCCCAAGUUACUGCAUAGAUCGGUAUUACUCCUGCACUCACUGCGAGGUGGCCUUCUGCCGGGUCUCAGACCUGGCCCAGCACGUGAAGACUCACAGCGAGGAGAAGAACUACAAGUGUCACCAGUGUGGGAAGGACUUCUACUCCAGCUCGGGGCUCACUCAGCACAGGAAAUUCCACACGGCCGUGAAGCUUUUCCAGUGUAAUGAAUGUAGCCGGGCCUUCCGCAAGAACAAACAACUGGCCCGACAUCAGAGAGUCCACAAUGGGCAGAAACUCCACAAAUGUAAAGAAUGUGGGAAGGGGUUCUUUGAGAACAAAGCCCUCACCGUCCACCAGAGAAUUCACAGUGGAGAGAAGCCUUAUGAGUGCUCAGAAUGUGGAAGGGCCUUCCGCCGGAACUCCCACCUCACUCGACACCAGAAAACUCACGCGUAAUAAAAAAGGCCCAGUUGUGUCAAACUGAAGGAUUCUCUCAAUCAAAAUAAGAAAAUAUGUCCCAAUUUUAAACCUUUUCGAUACAUAUGGGAGGGCUUUCUGCAAAAAUAAACCACUCGAUGUUAUUUUUUUUAAGUGUUUUUUGGAUGAUUUUCUUUUUCUUUGGUAUUCAGGAUUCCGACUCUAACCCAAUAAGCUAAAGCCCCCCUGUGUAACAGAACAUUAAAUGCAUGUACUUUCUAGCUCUGAUAAAUGUGUGCUUCGCUUUCUCAUUUGUCACCAGUAUACCAAGAGAUGGAUAGCAAGAUCCACCACCACUGGUCAUCUGGAAUCAUGUUGGGUGACAGCAGUAAUUUGGGUUCUUAAACCUUUUGUAAAUUUUCUUUUGCUGGGCUGUCGGUGGAUUCGUUAUCAUCGGUUCAUACAGAUUCAUUCAUGUUUCUCUGAAUCUAUACUUUUUUCUUAUCGUUUCUUAGCCUACAGUUCUUUGACUGCACUCCUAUUUGUGCAGCUCUUCCCCAGUUGAUGGUCACUCACUUUGUUUCCAGUUUUUUGCUAUUUAAAAAGUUGCUACUAUAACUAUUUUUGAGCCUUUGGGUCCUUUCCUUGUUUAUUUGAGCCUUUGAGGUACAUCCCUAAUCAUGGCAUGGCUGGAUCAGCAAGUACAGUUGGAUGACUUAAGAGGUAGAGUAACAAAUAGAUAAUUCCAAAAGUUGGACCAAUUUAUGGCUCCAAAAGUGUGGCAGUACGGUAUCUCUUCUCUUGACUAUUGUUAAUUAGAAAUUGUUGUCAUCUUCGCCAAACUGAACAGUCUGAGGUGCUGGAUUUUAUUUAAUUUACAUUUUUUGCUUGAAUUGGAGCAUUUUAUCAUAUGGUUGUUGAUAGCUUAUAUCUCCUUCCUUGAAAAUAGUUCUUUCAACAUUUAUAUAUAUUGAAGAGCAGCUUUUUGUUUUUAUGUAUGUUAAUGGAUUCCUUGUGUGUAUCGGUUUAAUGUCAGACCUUCAUCAGAGAAACCUGCUAACACUCUUUUCCGACUUAAUCUGAAUUUAUAUAAAAGCCUUUUAAUUUUGUAUAAUCAAUAUUGUUCAUUUUAUCCACUAUGAUACUCUCAAUCCUUUGUUUGGGCAAGUGCUCUUCUCCCAUGCAAAAAGUCUUUCAUUUCUCCAAAUUGCUUCUGAUUUGACUUUUAAUAUUGAGAUUGUAUCCCUGUUGAGAUUCUGGUAGUUUAUGGUCUAAAUUCAGCUUCUGCCAGACUGAUUUUUCCCAGCAGUUUUUUCACAUAGUGAGUCCUCAGUCCAGGUUUAUCAAACACUGUACAGUUAGGCUCAUUAAUUUCUGUAUUAUGAACCUGUUCUGGUAUUCUUCCCCUAAUUUCCAGAUCCACCAGGUAUGACAGACGAGUCCCCAUGCAGGUUUUUUUCCUAGCCUUGACCCCUCCCCAACUUCCGGUUCUGCACCUCCAGCUACUUUCAUUUGGUAUCUCCACAGGAUAUUCCUCAGACAUCUAAAAGGCGCUGUGUCCCACAGGAACUCCCUGUCUUUUCCACAAAACUCCGCCCUCUCUCAGGCCCUUUUUAUUGUCGAAGAUGCCCCAUUCUCCUGGUCACACCCGGCAUGCUCAGCCCCGCGCCUUGUCUGCCCCCUCUCAGCUCCGACAUGGCUAUAACCUCAGGCCCCUUCCCCACUCUGGCCCCCCUCCUUCCAGCCCUCUGGCUCCUUGGCAAUCCCCCCACUUGAGCCUCCCUUCAGUAACUCCACUGACCCCCAGGCAAUUGGGGUAAAGUGACUUGCCCAGCUGGGGUCACAGCUAGGAAGUGUUAAAUGUCUGAGACCAGAUUUGAACUCAGGUCCUCCUGACUUCAGAACUGGUCCUCUAUGCACUGGGCCCCCUAGCUGCCCCCUACUGUUAUGUGUUUUUUCUGUAACUAGUAAAUUAAUACAUAUUUUGAAUCCUUCUUGAUGUUCUGCUGGGCACAUGACAAUGUUCUGUUCAGUUUUGUUUUUUUCUGUAUUUUUUAUAUUCUUUUUAUUUAAAUAAAAUAUUAAAAAAUUGAAAAUAAUGCAUUAAAAUUAGAUAUGGUCCAAAAAAAAAAAAAACAA